GCUUACUCUCUGCGAAAAUAAUAAUCAUUUUGGUACCAAAACUGAUGUAUGGAGUGAGCACUCUAUUACUUCUUAUUUCUCUAUGCUAAAGUACGCUUAUGUACAUCAGCGAUUGCGAGGCAAACAAAUUUGUCUAAAUAAGGUUAGUACUAUUUGGAUGUGCGUAACAGUGGCGGCUUCUUUUUAUUACGUCGGCGUCCAUUAAUUACCUACGUGAGGUGCUUUCGAGGCUUUUUUUGACGAAAAAAAUACGUGAUAUUUGCCGAAUCUCGCCCUCCCCUCCUAAAGCCAUCGCGUAAUUAAUGGACGCCCCCUUAUCAAGACAUGAUUUUUUAUCCCUUAUGUUCCUUUUCAGUCGUAGCAUUCGUCAUGUAUCGCAUCUAUAAUAGCAUACAUCAAUCGAAUUAUCAAUAGAUAUAAUUCCCAUUAUUAGUCAUUAUCUUGAGAUAAGUGUCAGUCGGUAAUAUGGCGGUGACACGGCGCGGGUACAUUUUCGGAGCGUUUCUGUCGGGCGUGUUAAGUGUGCUUCUGAUUAUUGUAGCCGUGUCCAGUGACAGUUGGAUAGUCUCAACCGCUUCAGCAGAGUUAGAUGUAGCCGAGAGCGAUAUCCAAUAUGGGUUGUUCAGAGGAGAGCUGGUGCUUCGAAGUCUGGGGACGCCCACGUUCAAUACGCUGACUAUGACAUGUCUUCCUGAGGAAAACGCGUGUGCCGUCAGCUGUAAAACUGAGAGGCAAGCCAGAGUUGAAGAUGUUCGUGCCCUAGCCCAGGGAAAUGCCCCUAGUCUCGCGUGUGGGUCCAUUACGACCGUGCAAGUACUCGACCCACCCAACGAGCCAGCAGUAAUUUCGUUCGGCUUCUACAUCAGCCUGCUGGUAAUCCUGUUCCUUCAGCUUCUAUUUGCGAUAAUAGCAGCCGGCCUGGCCAUCAUCAACUCGACGAAGAACCCGACGGAACCCAUGUUUGGGUUGCCCGGCUGUCUAUGGAGUAAUGUAGUCGCAUCAGUGCUAGGUGUUACAUCAUUGCUGAUGUUCGGAAUCUACUGGGCCGCUUCGGGCCUUAAGAGUCACCUGGCCCUUUCGUACAUAGCGGGAGGUGACUACGCGUUCACAGCGGGGCUAGGAUAUUCUUUCUGGCUACUUCUAGUAGCCCUGCUGUGUUCCAUGAUCAACGUAGGCCUCAUCCAGCUCCGUGGUUAUCUGCUCGAACGCGACCCGCCACCGCCCGUCAUCAAAGUCGAAAACCAUUCCGAUGGAACCAUAUUUUUGUACUAAUAACAGAAAAGGAAUAUGUCGGGGGCCGACAGGGUGCUCCUAUUUCUGGAAACUGCCCUUUGGGCAUCUGAAGCGAACGAGCCUAUCCUACCUAUCUGUUGGUUUAAUGUGAUUAUAUAAAUAAUAAAAUAUGUUAUUAAUAAGUUUUAAGAUAAAAUAUUUAUUUGAUAUAAAAUAAAACCAAUUCAAUAAAAAAA